AUGUCGUCAAAUAAUGAGAUUCAAGAACAUAAUCCAGUCGCAAAUCUAAGUAUGCAACCAGCUAAAAGUAUACUUAAAUCAACGAAAAGUAUCGAUGAUGCCGGACAAGAUUUUCAACAUGAAAGAAAAUCGUCAACAAGUAAUGCUCAAGGAAUUGGUAUGACUCGAUCGGAGAGUAAAAGUCAAAAAAUCCCACAUUUUGAUGAAAUGAAUAUAAUUGCAACAUAUCAUCCAGUUGAUAAAGAUUAUGGUCAUAUGAAAAUUGAAGAACCCAAAACACCAUAUGCACCGAAUGAUAUUAUCGAUGAAGAAUUAGAUACAGAAUCAGCAACAACAGGAAUUGAUCCUGAUACGCUUGCACAAAGAUUAAAUGAAUCAACACAACCUUCAGUAAAAUUACGUAGUGAUCAUAUACAAAGAAGAUCAAUUGAUGAAGAUGUUGAUCCAUCAUCAAUGGAUUUAGAACAUCGUAAACAAUUUGAAAGUCAUCGUAAACAACAUUAUAAUGAAUUUGAAGUUGUUCGAUUACGUAAAAAGGAAAUUGAAGAUGAACUUCGUGCUCUAGAACAAGAAGAACAACAACAACAAAAUACUGUCACUGGUUCUCAAGGAAAAGGAAAUGAAACUCUAUCAUCAUCACGCUCAUCUAUUGAUUCAAUAAAACCGAUCUUAGUUCAUCAUCAAUCAAAAGAUUCAAUAUCAUCUGGUAGUGGUCAUCAUCAACAUCAUGUACAUGUUGAAGAUGAUCGUAUUGAUGAUCAAUCAUUAACACCUGAAGAAUUAGAACGAAAAAAACAAUUUGAAUUAAAACGUAAACAUCAUUACAAUGAAUUUCGUGCAGCACGAAUGGCUGAUAAUGAUGAUGAUGAACCAAAAACGACUGAAUAA